GACCAAGCAAACAUGGACCGACAUAAACUAUCAGAAUUGUCCAGGGACGACCUAAUAUCCAAGGUCGUUGAACUAGAAUCAAUCCUUAAUGACUUCCAGCAAUCUUCCAAGGAGUUAGAGCGAGCACUAGAGGAUGAAUUACAAGAAUUGGAAACCCGCAACAAUAAACUAAAACGAGACAUUACUGUCUUGCAAGACCAUCUAACCCAGGAGAAGCGCAAGAACAUAAAACUCAAUGCUGAGAUCAACGAUAUUCAGGAGAGCACUAGUGGGAAGAUCAAGAGCCUCGAGGAGGAAGUGAGGGGGUUACUGCAGAAGUUGGUGAGAAUUGAGAUUGUUAAUGAUUCGAUGGAGUCUAACGAUCGGAUAUUAUGCAAUAAAUACGAGAUUUCUCAGGAGUUUAGUAACGAGUUGUUGGAGAAAGUGGCUUUGCUUGAGGAUGAGUAUGAUCGAGAGAGGAAGUUGAAUCUUGAACGGCAGCUACACAUCACAAACUAUCAGAAUCAAAUUAACGACCUAAAAGUGGAGAUUAGGAAGUUGAAACAGGAGCAAAAAGACACUACAAAGACGAACAAGAGUGUACCUGAUGAACCAGGAGACGUUCUGAUUGUAAGCAUAAAGGAAAUGCUAAGGUCCAGCCCGCCACCGGGAAAGUAUGCCGAAGGAACCAUGAAGAAAUCAAGAUCGCUCAAGAAAUUAAGAAGUUUGACUUUGGAUAUUGAUCGAGCAUUGAAUAGAACUUUGAAUGAUAAACCAACCAGAUCGGUGUCGAUGUCUAAUCCUUCUACUAGUACCAAAGAAAGGAAAAUGAGAAUCAGUUCGAGCAAACGAUUUUCAGAUUUGCCGUCGAUCAAGGGGUCUCCUGUUGCCAAUAGAACUAUUAGUUUAGAGUCGAAACCCAAGCUGUCGAAACCAAGGUUGUUUUAAUACAUCUGCAUUUGCUCU